GUCAUGCAUAUGCGAAAUUGGGCAAUGAAAAAAUCAAAGAGGCAAUUAUUACUUAUGAUUAAAUACUCAAAAACUCACCUGAAUUUCCAAUUGGAUUUAAUAUUUAAGUGGAAAUAAGAAUAAAAUUAAAAUGAAAGAUUACUUUGUUAUGAAUUAUUGUUACAGAUAAAUUAAGAGAGAGGAUCAUAAAUGAAGAGAAAGAAAAGCUAUUUAUUUUUUUAACAUAUUCUAAUGCUCCAUCAAUCGCUUUUAUUGUAGUUGGAUAUGAAAGGAUUUUUAAUUCAUUAGUUAAAUGAGGUUAAAACUAAAAAAAAGGAUUAUAAAUAAGGUUAAUAUAAAUUAUAUUAAUUGAAAGCAACGAACUCAAAAUCUGGUAGCAUCAGCAUAAAAAAACAGCUUUUUUACCUUAUUGAUUAUUUCAAAGAGAAUUCUUAAAAAGAUGAAAAGAAGAAAGAGCAGGCAAGACUAUAUUUUCAAAGGAAAUCAAGAAAGACCCAAUUUUAGAUUUUUAAAAUUAAAAAUUCAAUUUGAUCAGCAAUAAUAAUUAAGAUUUA